UCGAAAUCCAAAUCCUCAUAAAAAAUAAACAGUGUGGGAUAUAGUGGAGAAACAAAGGCCAUUGUUUUCGUUUGAUUUCAAGAGCGUCGACCUUUCUUCAAAACUUUUUCAGCAUUUUAUUGUUUAUAAGAAUUUGUUAACAUUGUCCAAAGCGAAUUUCUACACCACAGGUGUAUUAGAAAAAUCAUUAUGGUAUUCCAUCACUUAAAAUCACUGCAUUGGUUAUACCUACUUAUUUUUACAAUAAUAAUUAAUCAGUAUAUAAAAUAGAAUAUUACAACACCCCACUAGCCGCCGAAAUCAUUAUCACGCCGAAAACUCUCUGAUAAGCCGUGCAUCCAUCAGCAGAUGACGACUUUUAGCAUUACCAUGUGUGUGUUCUCCUGAUUCCUCUUUUUCUUCUCCGAUUCCGAGUCAGUUUAUUACUGUCUUCCUUUCUUCGUGCAAGGCAACGCUCGAUUGUUUGCCAGUCGGUGUUAAGCUUCUCAAGCUCGCUGGUCGGCGACUUUCAAUAAAAUAUACAAGACAGUUUAGAGUUUUAGAAGAGUCUUUGUGCAAUCCUGUAUUUUUUGUGAUUAGUAGUGAUUUUUAAAAAAAUAAUUUCUGUGAUACAGCGCGUUGUUUUAUAAGCAAAAUGUAUAGAGCGGCAGGCGCCGGUGUCGGUAGCACUCUGCUGGUAAUGGCUUGCACCGCCGUGUACCUAAGCAGACACCCCAGAGCAUCGUCGUCAGAAAUGCAAGUAAUCAAAAUCACCACCUACCAAACAUCACCAGCACCCACAAACAUUGUAUCCGAUUCGCCCAUGUUGAGCAAAUUGAUAAGUAUAUCAUCUGAAUCUAACUUAACAAUAACGGAUGAUAAUAGUACAACAAUAGUGGUCAAGCCGACAAUAAAUGUUUAUGUAGCGCCCAACAUGUCGGCAAUUUCUUUUAAUGCAUCGGACCUUGAAGAUAUUGAUUACGAUUCUUGGGAAACCUUUAGUAGUGGUGAAGAUAAAGAGAGUAAUAAUAAAAAGUUGGGGGUUGAUGUUAAGGUGGAUGAUGCGCAUUGGAAAGGGAAUAUGAGUCUCGAGAGUGUUUUUGAUAAUGAUUUAAGGAGGUUGAAAGUUAAAGAGAUGAUGAAACAUGCCUGGGACAACUACGUCCGUUUUGCCUGGGCCAAAAACGAAUUGAAACCUGUAUCGAAACGCGGACACACUGGUAGUAUAUUUGGUACUCAACCACUAGGAGCUUCAAUUUUGGAUGGUUUGGAUACCCUCUACAUUAUGGGAAUGAACGAGGAAUUCAAACAAGCCAGAGAUUGGGUUGUGAAGGAAUUUGAUAUUGACAGUGUGGUAGCGGACGUUUCCGUAUUUGAAGUGAAUAUCCGGUUCAUUGGGGGAUUAUUGACUUGCUACGCUUUGACUGGCGAUACAGUGUUCAGGGAUAAAGCUCAGAAAAUUGCCGACAAGUUAUUGCCAGCGUUUAAUACUCCAACUGGAAUUCCGAACGCUUUAGUUAACUUUAAGACUGGAUCAAGCAAAAAUUACGGUUGGGCAAGUGGCAGUUCUAGCAUCCUAUCAGAGUUUGGUACUUUGCAUUUGGAAUUUUCAUACCUCAGUGAUAUUACUGGCAAAACUAUUUAUAGAAAUAAAGUAGAUAAAAUUCGACACGUAUUGAACACAAUAGAAAAACCUAAUGGAUUGUAUCCUAACUAUUUGAAUCCCAGAAGCGGAAAAUGGGGCCAGCAUCAUAUGUCAAUGGGUGCCCUUGGUGACAGUUUCUACGAGUACCUCCUAAAAGCUUGGCUUUUGAGUGGCAAGGAAGACAACGAAGCCAGGCAAAUGUUCGAUGAAGCAAUGGAGGCUGCAAUGAAGCAUAUGCUACACCAAUCACCAGCUGGUUUGACUUACUUUGCUGAUCUUAAGUUUGACAGGGUGGAACAUAAAAUGGAUCAUUUGGCCUGUUUCUCAGGUGGCAUGUUAGCUUUGGCCUCUAGAACGUUGAAAGAUGAUCAUUCUGCUAGAUAUAUGGACAUUGCUAAACAAAUCACAAAUACUUGUCACGAAUCUUAUGAUAGGACUUAUACUAAAUUGGGACCAGAGGCGUUUAGAUUUACUGAGGGCGCCGAAGCUAGAGCAUUGAAAAGUUCUGAAAAAUACUAUAUUCUUCGGCCAGAAACGAUUGAAUCCUAUUUUUAUUUGUAUAGAUUAACCAAAGAUGAAAAAUAUAGGGAUUGGGGAUGGGAAGCUGUACAGGCUCUAGAAAAACAUUGCAGAGUACCUGGUGGAUACACGGGCCUUAAAAAUGUAUAUUCAGAGGACCCGCAACAAGAUGACGUCCAGCAGAGUUUCUUCUUAGCUGAAACAUUAAAGUACUUAUAUCUCCUAUUCUCCGACGACAACUUCUUCUCACUGGACCAUUGGGUAUAUAAUACAGAAGCCCAUCCUCUACCCAUCAAAGGGGCAAAUCCAUUUUAUAGAGAAGCGUCCGCUUAACAUCGGGCUACUUAUGACUAUUUAAUUUCUCCCACAGAUGAAGAUGACAGCUACGAAGUUGAAUGAGUGAGCGAGCGUUUAGGGUUAUCGAAGUAGAGAAGGAAAACUUGACUCAAGUCACUUUAUAAGUGAUUUUUAUGCUAUGGCUGUGAGGAUAAUGGGAAGAACUUUUUAUAAAAUUUUGCACAAUUGAUUUUUAUUUGUCAGGACUAUUUCCCUCACAAUAUUUUUCCUGCUCUAUUUCUUCUUUCCAAAAAAUAGGCUAUAAUCUUGUAAAUAGGUAGCAUAGUAACUUGGAUGUAUAGACUUGUUUCCUAAUGAGAUAUAUUAUUUAUUAUUAGUAUAAUUAAUUAUUAUUAACAAUAUUUUUAUUUUGUUGAAAAUUUUAGAUGAGAUUUAACUAAUAGAAGUCAAGGUUGUUGUGUGUGAACGGUAUUAUGCAUUCUUGGUGAUAUUAGGGACCACUCAGAACAUCACACAAUUUAUCUAAGAAAAUGGAUAGCUUUCCUUUCCUACAAUUGGAUCCUUUAUUAAACUUCCACAUUCGUUGUAGUGUGGGCUAUACAAUCUCCAACUCAUUUAGAGCUUUCCAGGGACUUAAUUUUUAUCUGACAGUAUUAUCACCAAGUUUCGACAAUUGAAUGUUGAAAUACUUAAAAAAAUACCUCAAGGUGAUAUAAAUAUAGUCGUGAUUGAGUGAGUGGUGAAGAAUUGCAAAUGCAUUUUUAUUUAGCAAAAUACUCUAUUUUGUUACCAGCGAUUUUUCAGUUAAAGAAUAUCAUUGCCUUUUGUAAUAAUAUAAAAAAAAAAUUUCAAAUAAAAAUUCAAAAUGAAACAUACACAUACAUACUAAUUUAGGUAGCUAAUUUUUCUGUUGUUAAUUAAAAUGUUUAUUAUAAAAUACUAGAAGGAUUUGACAAAGAAAUUAUAAUAAUGUCCCGGGACCCAGGAUUCUAUAGUUAAUUUUUAUAUGAUCAGCUCUCUGCAAUUUGCAUUAUAAAAAUUCAACCAUAGAAUGAAUAUCAUUUUAAUGUCUUUUGCCAGACGUUAAUUUGAUUGUUGAGUUUCAAAACGAUAUUACAAGUUAGCCAGUGCAAAUUAUUCAAAUGAGACUGAUUACUAUAAGACAGGUUUUGUUUUUUUUUUGCAAAAUAAGUUGAAAAUUAUAUUGAUUGGCAUAAAAUUUUAAAUGUUCAUGAUCUCUAUUCCACAUUAGAGUACAAAGUAAAUCAAUUUUAUUUACAUUUUUAGACUUCCCAUUUUUUUCGACACGCAAUUGAAUAAAAUAUACAUAAUUAUUAAAAAUGUUACAAUUAUUCUAAAUUCUCUCUUUUUUACAUGGUUAAUUAUAAUUAGGCGGGCAGUGGAUUUUCUUAAAAUACUAUUGUUAUUAUUAUAUUUUAAAGCGAUAUUGUACAUAGUAUUGUUGUUAAUUUUUAAGUAGAUUUAACUAGGUAUUUAACUAAUUAUUGUAAAAUACUUUGUAAAAAUUAGUGUAACAUAAAUACUUCAUAGCAGAAAUUAUUAUUAAAUAAAAACCAAUUCUAAAAACAUUGUGUUCCAAGAUUGAUUGAGCUGCAUUAUAUUUGUGUAUCGUCUUGUUUGUAUGUACUUUUUG